AUGGAGAACAUUGUACAACAUUUAACACAGCUGGAAGAACAUGUCAAACACUUAGAAAGUCAAUUAUUUGAUCGACCAGAAUUUCAAAAUAAUACUCGACUAGAUCAAUUACGAACGGAAAAUGACAAACUAAAUUUUCGUGCUAAUAUCCUCGUUCGAAGAAUUGAAGACUUAAAAAGUAAACAACCAACAAAAUCGGCUGUUCACAACAGUGGUGUAAAUAAGCCAUCUAAAAGUAACAAUCCACACUUUAUAAUGAAUGGCGAACUGAAAGAAGAUGACGCAUAUUCCGUAUGCGUACAAAAUUCGGUGCAACAUUUAUUGGAUCAAGCAAUAAAAUUAGCCUAUCCAAAUAAUCAGAAUUUACCAGUGAUCAUAACACCAGGAAAAACAUCCGAUUAUCAAUGUAAUAGUGCCAUGCCAAUUGCACAGAAAUUAGGUCAGGAAAACGCUGAAAGCCCACAAAAUCCUAAACAGAUUGCACAAACCAUCGUUCAGCACAUACCAAAACAUCCAAUUAUUGAUAGUGUUGAUAUUUCUGGUCCUGGUUUCAUCAACAUACAUAUUGCACCAACAUUUGUUUCAAAGCAAAUUCGAAAAAUUCUGUUAAACGGUGCUUUACCACCGAAUAUCAAUAGUAAAAACAAAAAAGUUGUUAUCGACUUUUCUUCACCAAAUAUUGCCAAAGAAAUGCAUGUUGGUCAUUUACGAUCGACAAUUAUCGGUGACAGUAUAGCACGUUUAUUGGAAUACCUCGGCUAUAACGUGUUACGAUUGAAUCAUCUUGGCGAUUGGGGAACGCAAUUUGGUAUGUUAAUUGCACAUCUUCAAGACAAAUUUCCGGAAUAUCUUCACAAUUCACCACCAAUUCACGAUUUAUUGACAUUUUAUAAGACAUCUAAAAAACGUUUUGAUGAUGAACCUGAUUUUCAAAAACGAGCAUAUCAAAAUGUUGUUAAAUUACAAUCUUAUGAUCCCGAUAUUAUACAUGCAUGGCAACUUAUUUGUGAAGUUUCAAGACGAGAUUUCGAAUAUAUCUAUCGUGAAUUAGAUAUUAGGAUAAUUGAUCGUGGUGAAUCAUUUUAUCAACCAAUGAUGGAAAUCGUUGUCGACGAACUUGAACAAAAACAAUUAUUGAAAGAAGAAGAAGGACGAAAAGUGUGGUUUUUACCUGGUAUCACGGUGCCAAUGACAAUUGUUAAAUCUGAUGGAGGUUUUACGUAUGAUACAAGCGAUAUGGCGUGUAUUAAACAACGUUUACUUGACGAAAAGGCUGACUGGAUUAUAUACGUUAUUGAUUCCGGACAGUCUCUUCAUAUGCAAUCGGUCUUUGCUGGUGCAAAACUGGCGGGCUGGAUAAAUGAAACGAGUGAUGUACGCAUUGACCAUGUUGGUUUUGGUGUUGUACUUGGUGAAGACGGAAAAAAAUUGAAAAGUCGAUCUGGUGAAGCGAUUCGACUUCGAGAUUUACUGGAUGAAGGUUUACAACGUUCGUUAACAAAAUUAAAAGAAAAAGAACGUGAUAAAGUAUUAAGUGCUGAUGAACUUAGCAAAGCACAAAAAUCUGUUGCGUAUGGUUGUAUUAAGUAUGCCGAUUUAUCGAAAAGUCGUACAGCUGUUUAUGAAUUUUCAUUUGAUAAGAUGUUAGAUGAUCGAGGAAACACAGCUGUGUAUAUGUUGUACGCGUAUACACGAAUAAGAUCAAUCGCACGUAAUGCCGGUAUCAAGGAGGAAACAUUGAAACAAAAAGCAGCUGAAAUUGAUUUGGAUUUCGAGACCGAUCAACGUGAAUUCAAAUUAGCCAAAUGUAUUUUGAGAUAUUCCGAUGUCUUUGUACGACUAUUAGAUGAUUUGUUCAUGCAUGCAUUAUGCGAAUAUAUGUAUCAGUUAGCAACAGCAUUCACCGACUUUUAUGAUAAAUGCUAUUGUAUAGAAAAAGAUAAAAUUACUGGAGAAACAACAAUUAAUUAUAGACGAAUUUUACUAUGUGAAGCAACUGCGAAUGUUAUGAAGCAAUGUUUUGAAAUACUUGGAAUUCAACCAUUACAACGAAUGUGA